GCUCAUCUCAGCCUCCCCUCUGUCAAGUUAAAGCCAUUCCCCCUUGUCCUGUCCCUACAGGCCCUUGUAAAAAAACCCUUUCCAGAUGUCUUGUCUCUGCAAAAUUCAUGUUCUGUUUGGAAAGGGAAUUUCAUGUAUGGUUGUGUUUUGCUUUUGACUUUUCUCAGGGCCUAAACAGGCAGAAGAAAUACCAGAUCCAUCUGAAGAGCACAAAUGGUCCCAUUGAUGUUCUGUUAGUAAACAAAGAUACUUGGAGCUCUCCUCCUGUUGUACUACCUGUCCCUCCCCCUGAAGACCUCAUUCAGUGCAAGGCAUUUGCACCCUCAAAACCACCCAUCCCACCACUCACCCACUUCCAGGAGGCAUCUGUUGCCAGCAGCACCCAGCCCUCAACACCAACACCUGCCAGCACUCAGGAGCACAGCCCUCCUGCACAGAAUCCCACAAGCACAGAAUGCAGUGUCUCAGCAGCAGAAUCCAAGAGCAGCGAUGACGUCGAUCCCAUCGGGAAUGCCUCCAUGUCAGCUGGCCAGCCGGCCAGGUUGGAUACACAGCUGCAACAGUCCUCUGCCUCACUGGACAGCAGCUCCAUCCUACCCAGCCCCUCCACCUGCUUUGAGCCCAUCAAGACUGACCCCACAGAGAUACUGGAACUUCCCAAAGAGCUGUCAGAGAUGUUUGAUCCAAGAAGAGUGCUGGUGGAAUACUUUCUAACCCCGCUGCUAGGCAGAGCCAAGAACACGCCAGCGCUUUGGUAG